CAAAUAUGGUCUUGGGCUGUCAUAUUCGGCUUCUAUCUUGGGCUACUGUAUUGGGCUGCCAUCUCAGUCCAACGUAGUCUUGGGCUGUAUCUUGAGCUAGGCUUAGUCUUUUAUAGGGUGCCGUUUUAGUAGGGUUUUGGAUUUGGAAGGCUAUGUAGUUUGUGCUUCAAGCCUUAAACCCUGUUGUUCAUACCUUGCACCAAUCUGCAGAAUCAGAAACGGAGAAUACAGAGAUGGCUUGGCGCUGCGGAUCUCUUUCAAGAACACUGAUUUCCACAUCAAGAGCAACCCCUGUCCGAUCGUCUCUCCCGCGUCUCCGACCGUCGGCCCCCGCCCCUCCCCUCGCACCCCGCCUCCCCUUGCGCCGCUCUGUCUUUUCCCUUCCCAAGGCGACGGGGGCAUUAGGGUGAGUGCAGUCGUUGAUGCCGCUACACAGUGUCGCGGCGGCGCCUCGUCUCACCUCUCAUAUCGCAGUAGAGGCGCGCGCUUGUUGCGAGUUGUCUCAGGGUAGGACAGAUGGAAUUUGUAAGAUCUGACUCAGCAUUCCAGACACUACGAUUAUUUUAUCUUAAAGAAGCUUUAGCAUCAAAGCUGCUUUCAUCACACCCAUUUGUGGGAAAAGCUAAGAUUGAAGAAGAAGAAGAAGAAGCAAGAUAUGUAUUAGUUGACAACCAGGAUGUCGAAUUGCAAUCUCCAAGCAACGACGAAAGACGACCAGGAUACGAUGAUUUGAGAGAUUGGUUGAGUCUAGGCCUUAGCAGAGAUGAGAUUCCCAUUGAAGGAGAGACUGAUACUCCUCUAUCAAAACCUGCAUAUAACAAGGUGUUCUCAUGUAACUUCUGCAUGAGGAAGUUUUACAGUUCACAGGCCUUGGGAGGUCACCAGAAUGCACACAAGAGAGAAAGAGGAGCUGCUAAGAGAUUCCAGUCUCAAAGAAUGAUGAUGACAUCAAUGGGAUUUCCCUUCAAUUCCAUACCAUUCCGAUCGGUAGGGGUCCAACCUCACUCACUUAUGCACAAGCCGAGUAGAGAAGGUUCGAGUAUGGUAAGAAGAUUUGGUGAUGCCAAUGCAGGGUUUGGUAUGGCAUGGACACCCUUCAUGCUUGAGGAUGCAAUGAAUUUGAUUUGGCCGGGAAGCUUUUGCGUCGACAGAUUCACAAAAGAAUCAUCAGAUUUGCAUAAGCUUGACUUAGAUCUUCGAUUGUAAUCAUGUUAAUUAUGACCUCUUUUGCUAUAUAUGCAACUUGUGUAUGUGCUCAUCCAUCUAAUAAAGAGACCUUUUCUUUUCCAUCGAAAAGAAACUGUUUUUCAGAUGAGGAAAAUAUAAUGCGAGCAUUCUUUUUUUUCUU